AUGAGUGAGGCUUCUAAAUUAAGAUAUGGUGCAGCGGUAUUUUUCUUUAUUUGGUAUAUCGUAAUUUCCACCGUAGCAAACACUGGAUUCAUUGAAAUACUACUAAAAUUCAGACAUCGGACUUUGCUUUCAUCCACCACUAAAACCAAACGAAGUCGUCGUUACAAAAAAGAAACAGGGGAAGAACUCUCUGAAAAUGAUGCGAAAUUGACAUAUGAAGGAGUCACCAUAAUACGACCUAUAAAGGGAAUUGACCCUGAACUUAGUUCAUGUCUUGAAUCAUCACUUGUACAAAAUUACCCCCUGGAUAAAAUCCAACUUUUAUUUUGUAUUGAUGAUCCCCAAGAUGCUAGUAUUCCAAUUAUAAGGAAAUUGAUCAACAAGUAUCCCACCAUUGAUGCAGAAAUAUUAAUUAGUGAAAAUUUUAAUCCGAAGACGAAUAGUAGUAGUGAACAUUAUGGACCUAAUCCAAAAGUCAACAACUUAGCAAAGGGGUUUCUCAAAGCAAAAUAUGAUAUUCUAUGGGUGAUGGAUAGUAAUGUUUGGGCCAGUUCAAAUAUUUUGCGAAAUUCUGUCUUUACAAUGAAUAUGAAUUUGAACAAUGGGAGGAAAUUGGGGAACAAACGUCCUGUGAAAUUGGUGCAUCAUGUACCGUUGGCAAUGUGUAUCGAUUCAAAUGGAGGAAUGGAUGAUUGUGUGAUAGAUUUAGAAGGGAGUGUGACACCAACCAAUUCAGAAGAUGAUUCUGAUUAUGCUUCGGUCACAUCACAAAGUUCAAACUUGACCAACAGAAAAGCAUCACCAAGUCCACAACUCAGCCUAGAUCAACAGUUACACCAUGUUCACCAUUACAAUGAAUCCAGGAAACUUCUCGGGGCAAAGUUGGAUGAUAUGUUUCUCCAUUCAUCUCAUUCUAAGUUUUAUGUCGCUUUAAAUAACUUGUCAAUUGCUCCUUGUGUCAAUGGCAAAUCCAACAUGUAUCGAAAAUCGGACUUGGACCAAGCGGUUAAACUAAUCCCUUAUAAGAACUCACCUUUUUUUAGUGACCCAAAAGUCAAAUCUGAUGCUCAAUACUAUACAUCCUUAGGUUUAGGACAUGCCAUCAAAUUUUUCGCUCGAUACAUUGGUGAAGAUAACAUGAUUGGAAUUGCUUUGUGGGAGAAUUGUAAUGGACGUACUGGUUUAACUGGUGAUGUUGUUGUACAACCAUUGAGUCGACAUGAUAACACAGUACAAGAUUACAUGCAACGUCGUAUAAGAUGGUUACGGGUGAGAAAAUAUAUGGUGUCAUUGGCUACGUUUAUUGAACCAACAACUGAAUCAAUCGUAUGUGGGAUCUAUGGAACAUUUGCUAUAUCAACAUUAUUCUUCAACCAAUGGUUUUCGAUAAAAUGGUUCUUGUUGCAUAUGACAGUUUGGUGCUUGUCUGAUUUCAUUCAAUACAAUAUACUUAUCAACCAUGUUAAAUCUACAACAUCAGCCAAUGUGACGUAUUUACCACGAUGGAUGGAUAAUAUACAUGUGGUGCAUUCAUGGGGAGAAGUUGUCGAAUGGUUGCAAGUUUGGGUUUUGAGAGAAGUAUUGGCGUUACCAAUUUGGUUUUCUGCCAUGUUUGGUCAUGAAAUUGAUUGGAGAGGAAGACCAUUCAAGAUUAAAAAAGAUUUGACUGCUGAGGAGUUGUGA